CAGCUAACCGACUACAACGCUGGGCAAUAAUAUUACUUGGAUACGAUUUCGAUAUUAAAUACAACCGAACUAACGAAUUUGGUCAAGCCGACGCUCUAUCUCGGCUAAUUAGCGACUAUCCUGCAUCAAGUGAAGAUAUGGUAAUUGCAUCGAUCGCCACCAAAGACUAUGCAGUUAACCUCAUCGACAAUGCUAUUCGAUCUCUACCAGUAACAUUUUCAGAAAUCCAGCGAACUACAAGCACCGAUGCCACCUUACGACGUGCUACACAGUAUGUAUCCAGUAAUUGGCCAAAGAUUAAAUAUAGUGGAGACCUAAAACACCUGUUUGCCCGUCGUGAUUCCUUAUGUGUUGUAAAAGAUUGCUUGAUGUUUGGAGAACGCGUAGUGAUACCUGAAGCAUUACGAAAUAAACUCCUGAAACAGUUUCACAUGGGACAUCCUGGUAUUCAGCGGAUUAAGAGUAUUGCUUGCAGCUACGCAUACUGGCCUAAUAUGGAUAAGCAUAUUAUCGACUUUGUUCAACGAUGUUCAAAAUGUCAACAAUCAGCAAAGCUACCCCACCAGCUACCUCCCGUACUAUGGCCUCCAGCAUCCCAUCCUUGGUCCAGAAUUCAUAUUGACUUUGCUGGCCCUAAAAAUGGUGCAUACUAUUUAGUGGUGGUAGACGCUUUUUCUAAGUGGCCAGAAGUUAUACCAAUGGUUUCGCCGACAACGUCCUAGACUCUCAAAGCUCUCACUGACAUAUUCUCCCACCAUGGUCUCCCAGAAACCAUAGUUACAGACAAUGGUUCGCAGUUUACCUCUCAUCAGUUUCAGCAGUUCUGUCAUCAAAAUGCUAUCGAGCAUAUGUUCACACCGCCGUAUCAUCCUCAGUCAAACGGCCAAGCGGAACGUUUUGUCGACACUUUGAAGAGAGCCUUACUCAAAGCAGAGGGAGAGGGGACACCAUUUGACAUCAUCCAAAAAUUCUUGAUGGUGUACCGUACAACGCCGAAUGAGUCAACACAGAACAAGAAAU